AAGGUCAUAUAAUUCCAGAGGCAAGAAGAUAUAAAAACUCAAGACACUUCCUGGGAUCUCUUAGGAUGCUGAAGAAAGCAGGGGUCCUCAAGCCUUGAAUGCCAACCAGGCUGCAGGUCUAGGCAAAUCCAGGAGCUUCAAAGGAAAACUCCUUGUAAUAGAGGCUUCUGAAGCACUUCUGUGGCCAGGGGAAGAAGAAGAUGGCCCCCCAAAGAAUGUGGCUUCUCCUACUGCUUAGCUGUGUACUCAGCACUGAAGUCCUGGGUGACAUCAUCAUGAGACCCAGCUGCGCUGCUGGAUGGUUUUACUACAAGUCCAAUUGCUACGGAUACUUCCGGAAGCUGAGGACCUGGUCUGAGGCUGAGUACGAGUGUCAGUUGUAUGGAAAUGGAGCCCACCUGGCAUCUCUCCAGAAUGCAAAGGAAGCCAACAUCAUAGCGAAGUAUAUAAGUGGCUACCAAAAAACCAAGCCUGUAUGGAUCGGCCUGCAUGACCCACAAAAGAGCCAGAAGUGGCAGUGGAUCGAUGGGGCCUUCUAUUUGUACAGAAAAUUGUCGGCCAAGUCCGCAGGUGGGAACAAGUACUGCGUGGAGAUGAACUUCAGGGAGGACUUUUUAACUUGGAGGAGCAACGAAUGCAGCAAGCACCAGCAUUUCCUGUGCAAAUACCGAGUGUAGAGCACGAAUCGAGGCCGUGCUCACCCCACACACGCCCCUGCCCUCCUCCCUCUGUGCAUGCUGGCUGCGUCUGAUCAUUGCCUCAGAGCAAACACGGCAACUGAGGCUGAUCGGCCCUGUCACACUCACUCUUUUAGGUUUAUUAGCGUCCGAGGCCUCAACACUGUACGACAGUGGCUUCUAUGACAAUUACAGGAAAUGUGGCUUUGGUGUGA